CACACACGCAUGCUCACACUCCUGAUCUCGCGCACGCUGGCUCACACACCCGAUCUCACACACGCAUGCUCACACACCCGAUCUCGCACACGCUGGCUCACACACCUGAUCUCACACACGCAUGCUCACACAUCCGAUCUCGCACACGCUGGCUCACACACCCGAUCUCACGCGUGCAGAACCACAGUGCCCCCGAGGCAGCAGCUGGGAGAGAUGAAGGCCAGGCCUUUGUGCUUGGUGCCAGUCUUGGUUUUGGCUGGUCUUUGGAUGCAGUUUGGUGAGUCGGUGCAGGCCCCGGUCCUCAGCGGGCCGGACAUGGCCUACCUGGACUCCAGGAUUGAGUUUCGGUGUGAGGCACCAGGUCUUCCACAGCCCGUCAGCUACCAGCUCCUGAGAGACGGGGGCUUGGUGGUGAACCGCACCCCCGAGGACAACCAGCCCGCCACAUUCCAGCUCAGAGUGUCCAACAGCACCGGCGGGAGAUACCACUGCAGGGUCAGGGUGGGGGGGAGUGCCCAGCUUCCCCCUCUGUCCAGCAACACUAUCCAUCUGAGAGUAGUGAUUCCCGUCCGCGGAGCCGGUGUGGUGUCGGAUCCCGACCCGCCGGUGCUGGCCGAGGGGGAGAUGCUGGCCCUGAGCUGCCAGGUGCAGAGAGGCUCCCACCUGUCCUACCUGUGGUUCUUCAACCAGAAGGAGAUCUCCGGUGACCCGCGCUACCUGGUGAGGGGCAAUGCGCUGGUCAUCGCCGCGGUUUCCGAGAGUGACGCAGGAAGCUACUACUGCAGGGUGGCGAACGCGCUGGCCAAUACCCGAGUCUCCAACAGUCCCGAGGUCCCCGUCAGGGUCAAAGUUUUCCUGUCAGAGCCGCAGGUCUCCUUUACGGUGAGCAAAAGCGCGUGGGGUUACCAUGCCAACGUGACGUGCCGGUCGUCCAGGGGUACGCCACCGGUGUGCUUCUGGCUGUUCCUGGAUCAGGCGCUGCUGGGAAACAGGACAGCAGCGUCUCUGAGUGCCAGCUUCUCGGUGCCCGUGACUCCAGGUCAGAGUGCCGGGGAGCUGCGGUGCAGGGCCCGGGACCAGCUCCGGAAACUGGACGGCCCAGCACUGCGCCUGGAAGUGGUCCCUGUAGGGGGCGAUGUGCACCUGUGGGUGGAGUAUCUCUACAGCGUGGACUCCAGAGCUGUGGGAGUGAGGCUGCACUGUGCUGUGGGGCGGGGAACCUUCCCCAUGUAUGCCUGGUUUCUGAACAACACACUCCUGGAGCGGGAGGGCGACUCUUACAUCAUCACCAAGCCCGGCCACACACUCCUCCUCACCUCCAUAACCCCACAGAUUUCUGGGUACUACCACUGCCAGGCCAAGGACAGCUUUGAUAACAGCUCGUGGAUUCUGAGUCAAAAAGCCCUCGUUCAUACGACAGGGCUGGGCGUGGUUUCCAGUGAGGUCAUCGCCAUCAUGUUCUGCCUUUUCCUGCUCCUGGGCAUUCUGGGAAGUGUGUGCUGCAUAUUCGCCUUAUCUAACAGGGAGGUGGACAGCCACCUGCGGACCAGAUCCAGUGCCUUCGCUCUCUCUGCCGUCCGCUCCAGGACCCUGAGGGCCGACGGACCGGCAGAGAGGGGCGCACCCCGGCCUUCCUGCACCGCAAACUCGGCAUCAGUCUCCCCAUAUUUUAGUCUGCACAGGGAACACAGAGCUUGAAUGUUUUCGUGUCUGAUAUCGGAGCUGUGCUCUUUGUAGUUCUGCAGUAAUUUUAUCAUCAUGUUUCCUGGAAAAAAGCAGUGAGUGUGGAUGUGUCCCAUACCUUGCGCUGGUAUGAUGGGAACAGGUACCGCUGUGAAACGAGGCAUGUCAUUAGGCUUGAGUGUGGAUUUUUUAUAUUGAUUAUUUGCGUUUUUACAUUAAAUUCUUUGCUGCUUUGAAGCUGUUCUUGGCCCAGCUGUAUGGAUGUUCU